GAACACCGCCAAAAGUUGAUGCUAUCCGUCGCCAACUUUCUCUUGACUUGUCAUUGCCAAAUCACUAGUGCGUACAGGUCCACUACUACUAUCCUUAACAAAGAACAUAAUAAUAUACAACAGCGCUUGUUUCCAUGACUGAGCAGAAAAAAUCAGGCAGUGCAUGGCCAGAGCCUUCGUCAUUCUUCACGCGGUAUACCGAUGACAACCUGGAAAAAGCGAGAUUAUUGAAACAAAAAAAGGUCGAUCCAGCUGAUGUUCGACUAGAAUUCCCUCCAGAACUGUUGGAACCACCACCGCCCAUUGAAGGAUCAUACGUUGUCUUUGAUCAACAUUGGCAGACCGAAGAUAGAUUACCAACCCUUGAAGAAAGGAACGUUACGCAGUUGUAUCCGACCGGAAAGAUUGACCGUGUAUUCGAACUGAAGAAGCUACUGCGAUCCUUAAUGUCACAAUUCCUGAUUUUAUUAGACAUAUUGGUCAGAGAACCUGAUAAAUUUGCCCCGCGAAUAACCGACAUCAGUAACAUUUUAAUUAACAUCCAUCACAUACUGAAUGAAUAUCGACCACAUCAAGCACGAGAAACACUACGACUCAUGUUAGAGACUCAGUUGAAGAAGAAAGUACAGGCAACCGAAGAACUCAAGAAGCGUCGGGAUGAGGUCAGAUCUAAGUUGAAGAUGCUGAAAGAUGAAGUCAAAUUGACCUCGUUAUCAGAGGAGCUGGAAGCAGAUGAUGAUGUAGCCAUGGAGGAAGCAUCACUUACAAUUACCAACACAGCAACCGCACAAUCGAUUUCACAAAUUUCUGCAAAGAUGCUGGAACUGGUAGACUCCUUAGAAUGAUUUUGCCGUAAUUGAUUCUCUAUCUAUGUCAGCUGGUCAAUGUGGCUGCCAUCUUCCAUUGUAC